AUGCGUUCUUCUUUGGCUUACGGAGCCCUGCUCCAAGCAUCGCUAUACAGCGUCGCAAGUGCUUCGCCGGCACCAACACCUCGUCGCGUCUUCCAAGCUGAGCCUCUGGCAGCUCAGGUCACCGGCUCGCCCGUCGAGAACUCCCCGUCACGCACUGAGCAGCUCCGUCGUGAUCUCAUUGGCGACGUCAAGUCGGACAUUGGUUCGGUUCUCGGUGGACUUGGCUCAGACCUUCCUUCAUGGGUCGCAUCCGGCGUUCCCAACUUCUUCCAGGGCUUCCCUACUGGAGACGCUGUUGUCUCGUCACUCGGUCUCAACGACGCCCAGGUCUCUGCACUGCCCACCCAGGUCCUCAACCUUGACCCCUACGCCAACUGGACCGAGUCUGGCUGGAACGUGAGAUUCCACGGAAACGUCUACAAGCAGCCCAACACCUCUACCGCCGACCUCAACCGCCUGGCCAACAUCUUCCUCGUUGACACCUCGGUUGAGGAUCUUCCUCAGGAUCAGGCUGACAGAGCCCGUAAUGUGACCGCCUCCAUCUUCGUCAUCCAGCAAGGAGACGUAGCCGUUGCACCUAUUCACCUCGACCCUGCUGCGUCGCAAGGCUCUUCGGGCGAGCCAGGUGGUGGUGGUGCCGUCACUCCUAGCGGCGGAAACCAGACCAUCACUCUUCCCUACAACACCACCGUCGAGGGCGACUUUGAUGUCUUUGUCCCUAUUAACGGCAAUGGUCUCAUGAACGGAAACGAGACCGAUCAGGUCCAGCGUUUGAACACACACGUCGAGGGCGCAUCUAUCGGCAACUCGACUGCAUACCUUGUACCUACCACAGGACUCACUGUCGUUUCGGAUAUUGAUGACAUUUUACGCGUGACAAAAAUCUACGAGCCUUCUCAAGGUCUGCUCAACUCCUUCGCGAAGGAGUACGUCCCCUGGGAGAACAUGCCCGACAUCUACGCCAACUGGAGCAAGAGCCUGCCCAACAUGCACUUCCACUACCUGACAACUACCCCCGAGCAAGUUACCAGAGCUUACAUGAACUUCACCUACUCCCACUACCCCGGUGGUUCAUUCGAUACCCGCCCUCUUAACUUCUCCGACGUCUCUGCCACUCUUUCCAUCCGCAAGUUCCUCUUGACCAAGAUCUUUGAGACCUUCCCUGAGAGAAAGUUCAUCCUUGUUGCCGAUACCUCAAACAGCGAUGUUAUGAAGGAUUACCCCCUGAUGGCUACCACCUAUCCCGAUCAAGUGCAGUGCAUCUUCCUGCGCAACACUACCGCUACAGACUCUGGUGACAGAUUCCCUUACGACACCAGCGGUUUCAAGGAUCUCAACCAGGAGAAGUACAUGUUCUUCUUGAACCCCGAUGAUCUUAGCGGUCUCGACAUUGCCAACGGACAGUGCUACAACCAGUCGAUUGCCCAGAACCUGACCUUUGGGUACCAGGGACUGCCCCUGGGCCUUGGCGACAGUCCGACUGCCACCAACGCCUCUGCCACUGGCUCUGCCAACAAGACUGGCAAGAGUGGAGCAUCUGCAUUCAAGAGCAAGGACGUUGUUGGCGCACAGAGCUCCUUGGCUCUUGUCGCAGCACUUGGUGCCGCCAUGUUCAUGUUCCUUUAG